ACCCCAGCAGAACUCCAAAGCUCCUCCCACUUGUUUCAGACCCAUCCAGCUCACUCCACAUUCCGCAGCGCCGGCGAGGCACGCAAGAAGAAGCCGCGUUUCUUGCAGCUGCAGCGGCGACCUCGCUCCGUCUCUCUCCUCUCGCAAACACAGAAGAGGAUGGGGAGAGCGCCGUGCUGCGAGAAGGUGGGGUUGAAGAAGGGCAGGUGGACGAAGGAGGAGGACGAGAUCCUGGCGAGGUACAUCAAGGAGCACGGAGAAGGGUCAUGGAGAUCGCUGCCCAAGAAUGCUGGGCUGCUGCGGUGCGGGAAGAGCUGCAGGCUGCGGUGGAUCAACUACCUGAGGGCGGACCUCAAGAGGGGGAACAUCUCGGAGGAGGAGGAGGAGAUGAUCAUCAAGCUCCACGCCACCCUUGGCAACAGGUGGUCCCUGAUCGCCGGCCACCUGCCCGGCCGGACGGACAACGAGAUCAAGAACUACUGGAACUCGCACCUCAGCAGGCGGGCGGCUGACUUCCGCGACGGCGUCGUCGUCAACGUCGACCUCAGCAAGCUCCCUGGCGGCGGCAAGCGGCGCGGCGGCCGGGCCAGCCGCGGCGUGAUGACCGCCGCCAAAGAGAAGGUGAAGGAGAAGGAGAAGGAGAAGGGCAAGAGGAAGAGCAAGGUUGCAGAAGCGGAGCACCAGAAGGACGAGGAGCAGCAGCUCAAGGAGGACGACGACAUGGCCCUGUCGACGCCGAGCUCACACUCCCAGCCGUGCGGCGCUGCCCAGAGCGAGGAGCAAGCGCAGGGCAGCGCCAGCGGCCUGACGUCUGAUGAUGGGCACGAUGAGGACCCAUUGGCCCUGAGCGAGGAGAUGAUGAGUGCGCUUCUGGGCCCCGGAAGCCCAAAGCUGGAGGUGGGCCCGGACGGCUCGUGCAUGGACAGUGACAGUGGCCCGUCCGUGGUGGUGGACGGCGAGAGUGGGCCCGGUGGGCCCACGGGGGAUGUGGGCCAAGAGCUGGGCGACAAGGCCAUCAUGGACUGGGACUUGAUGGGGCUGGACAUCUCCACCGCCGGUGACAUGUGGGACUACGCUGACAUGGACGUGGUGGUCCCGGGUGGGGGCCACCACCAGCAGCAGCAGGAGUUGAUGUCAGACCUCUUCUUCCUGGACAACAUGUAGGGGGUGGAGCCAUGGUGGCCCUGUGCAUCUUCAGCUUGGCUUCUGUGAUGUUUUUAGCUUUUCAUCCAGUAGAGCUCGAUGUAUGUGGUGAUGAGUGAGAUAGGAUAAGUAUUGGUCUGGUGAGUGAUGAACAGUAAGAGCGGAGAAAAAUGUGCAAAAAAUAAAGGGCCGGAAUUGCUCCGUUAGUUGAACUGUUCAAAUAAAGCCUGGCGCGGAAUGGGGAGAAUUCCCAGUGUUUGUACGGUUACAGCGUGUGAUGGCAAAUGUUAGGGCAGAAGCGUUUUCACUUUGAUGCUGGA